GCAACGCCCCCCGCUGUUUUAGUCAGGAGCUCCGCUGGCGCGGCUGCACGGCUGUUAGGCGGCUCCUCCCGCGUACCGGUCACGGGCGGGACCCUCGGCGCGCGCGGCGCCGCCGCCCCUCGCUCCCCACCCGGAAAGGCAUUGACCGACGCUACUUGGAUGCACUUGACCAUCUCCUAGGAGACUUGAAUGUUGAGUUUCUAUAAGCAAACAAACAGUUCUCUCUUGUUUGAAGCAAUGCUGAAAUUCCAAGAGGCUGCUAAGUGCGUGAGUGGAUCAAUAGCUGUUUCCACGUGUCCAAAGCCCUUGAUCGCGAGAAGAUACACGCUUCUACAGAAACUCGGCAGUGGAAGUUUUGGAACUGUCUAUCUGGUGUCGGACAAGAAAGCCAAACAAGGAGAGGAACUAAAGGUAUUGAAGAAAAUCUCUAUUGGAGACCUCAAUCCAAACGAGACUGUGCAGGCCAGUUGUGAGGCCCAGCUCCUUUCCAAGCUGGACCACCCAGCCAUUGUCAAGUUCCAUGCAAGCUUUGUGGAGCAAGAUAAUUUCUGCAUUAUCACGGAGUACUGUGAGGGCCGCGAUCUGGACUAUAAAAUUCAGGAAUAUAAAGAAGCUGGAAAGACUUUUCCAGAGAGUCAAGUAAUAGAAUGGUUUAUCCAGCUGUUGCUGGGAGUUGACUACAUGCACGAAAGGAGGAUACUUCAUCGAGACUUGAAGUCAAAGAAUAUAUUUCUGAAAAAUAAUCUACUUAAAAUUGGGGAUUUUGGAGUUUCCCGACUCCUAAUGGGAUCCGGUGAUCUAGCCACCACUUUAACUGGAACUCCCCAUUAUAUGAGUCCGGAGGCUCUGAAACACCAAGGCUAUGACACAAAGUCAGAUAUCUGGUCUCUGGCAUGCAUUUUGUAUGAGAUGUGCUGCAUGAAUCAGGCAUUCACUGGCUCCAAUUUCUUAUCCAUUGUCUUAAAGAUUGUUGAAGGUGCCACCCCCUCUCUGCCUGAGAGAUACCCGAGACAGCUGAAUGCCAUCAUGGAAAGCAUGUUGAACAAGAGUCCUUCUUUGAGACCAUCUGCUCUAGAAAUUUUAAAAAUUCCUUACAUCGAUGAACAACUACAGCACCUGAUGUGCGGAUAUUCAGAAAUGACCCUGAAAGACAAGAAUUUGAAUUGUCAAAAGGAGGCAGCUUAUAUAAUUAAUGCUAUGCAAAAAAAGAUCCACCUACAGACCCUGCGGGCGCUGUCUGAGGUGCAGAAGAUGACACCGCGAGAGAAGAUGCGGCUGAGGAAAGUCCAGGCAGCUGAUGAGGAGGCCGAGAAGCUGAAAAAGCUUGUGGAAGAAAAAUAUGAAGAAAACAACAAACGAAUGCAAGAGCUGAGAUCUCGAAACUUCCAGCAGCUGACAGUGGAUGUGCUCCACGAGUUUGACGACCCAGCAUCAGAGAACCUGCCUGAGCCUCAGCCCGUUCCUUCCCUGGACCUCGGCACACUCGGGUCAAGUGUACAGGACACUGUAGCUGACCUUGGAGAUCACGAGAUCCCAGAAGACCCACUUGUGGCUGAAGAGUAUUACGCUGAGGCAUUUGACUCCUACUCUGAAGGAAGUGAGGAGGGGGAGGAAGAAAAAAUGGGGUUCUCAGUGCGGGAGGAAGAGGUCGAGGAUGAGGGCUCCCAACCUGCUGACAGGACACACCAACAGGACAGUGAUAUGGAAGCGCUGGCCAGGUGUCUGGAGCAUGUGCUGGGCUGCACAACUUUGGACACAAGGACCGUCACCAGCUCAGCUCCAGACACACCCUCAGGACCAACAGUUUUCAACAGCGCAAUGGCCAGGACCAAGAUGAAACGCAUGCAGGAAUCAGCGGUGCGGAAGCUGGGCACAGAGGUCUUUGAGGAGGUCUACGGUUACCUGAAGAGAGCAAGGCAGCAGGGAGCCAGUGAGACAGAGGUCCGGGCGGCUCUGGAAGCCGUGGUGCCGCGAGCCAGUGACUGUUUUGAGGUUGACCAGCUGCUCUACUUUGAGGAGCAGUUGCUGAUUACAAGGGGAGACGGGGCCACUCUCCUCCAGAACCAUCACGAAGCAACUGUCAGAAACAAGGAGCUCCAAGAGGACAAAGCCCUGUGAAAAUCCAUCAGCACUUAUGCUGGACUCUGUUCUGGGAAAUGGGUACAGAGCUGGGCCUGCCGCCUCUAUUCUCAAUCCCUUGUCAGAGGAAUGACUCCUUUAGGGAGUAGUAAACCUGGGCCAGUGAGUGUGUGGGGUCUUUACUGUGAGAGAAGCAUUUGGAUCAAGUUUGGCUUCCUGAAAAGCAUUCCGGCUCACGUGCCCUUGGGGUUUCCAGCGGGGCUGGACCACCCUGACCGUGGCCUGGGAGAAACCGCCAGCUCUUCGCCAUUUCCGCCUGGAGGACACGCUCAGCACCCAGCGGCUCUGGGUCUCCAUGGACUGUGGGCACCCGCUCCCGAGGGGUGUUGGGCCUCAGCCCCGGACACGCUGGGCUGCUGCCCCCGGGUCAGAUGUACCUGUCUCAGGUGACCCGCUUUUGACCCACUUUUGCCCUUGAAUACUUAAAAAGCAAGAAGUGUGUGUGUGUGAGGAUAAAGUGACUCCUUUCUGUGAUUUAUUCCCCCGACUCAUCCAUGGAGUACUGGAGAUUUUAUUCGUAAUAAAUAUAUUUUCCGUGGUUCAUCCUG